GUUGGUUCAAUGACAAAUGCUGCGUGCAAGCGCUAAAUCAGACACGCUGUGACGUGCCAUUCGGCAUUUAGCCAUCAGAGUUAUAUCUUUUGACCACAACGAUGCUGCGAAAGACUCCAUCACUCUCGAAUGUAGUGCACGCUGUGCAGCAAAGGGCAAAGCCGGGGUCGGCAUCAAUCAGCACUCGCUCGGCGCUUGUGGGAGGAGCGCUUCUGUUCGGCGGCACAGCCUACUUCUCAUAUCGGUACUCUAAUGCGCACGCUGUCCUGCCGACACCCGACCCCGACGCGCCGAUUGACCCGGCAGCUGGGUUCCGCGUGUUUGAUGCGAUCGCGGACAAGUACGAUGAGGCCAUUGGACAGGAGGAGGCUGCGUUGUGGUAUGGCACCAUGCGCAAGUGGCUGCUCAAGCAGGCGAGCGGCGACGUGCUGGAGAUAUCGGUGGGCACAGGCCGCAACUUCAAGUACUACGACCUGUCCGAGUCCAGCGGCGUUCGCUCGCUCACGUGCACAGACCUGUCGCAGCACAUGCUGUUCCGGGCCGAGGACAAGUUCUUCGACGAGCUUCAGCUGGGCAUGAAGUACCCGCACGUCAAGGUCAACUUCGUGCUGGCGGACGCGCACUGUCUGGUGGACCCCAACGCCAAGGCGCCUGAGCCGCCGCCCAAGCCCAAGCCGCAGCCGCCGGCCCCCGGGAAGACUGUCAUUCCAGGGCUACCCGCAGUGCCGCCACCGGCAUCGGCGCCAGCUGCAGGCAGCGGGCCACAGGGCCAGCCAGCCAACGCGGAGCCCUACGUGGCGCCGUGGUGGGCCUAUUGGCGGCACAUGCCCCCACGGGAGGACGAGCCAGCGCCGGCAGCCAGCACGAGCAGUAGAAAUGUCAACAGCAGCAGUAGCGGCAGCGUGGAUGGCGGCGCUGUAGCGCCAGGCGAGGCCGCGCCGCACGUAAACCCAGAAGACAUGCGGGAACUGCCGGGCUUGCACUCCCGCGGCCUGCUGAACCUGUUCCGCGUGCUGCUGCCGGAGUCAUCCCAACCCACCAGCAGUAGCAGCGGCGGCGGCAGCAGUAGUAGCAACAGCAGCAGCAGCAGCAGCGUUAGCAGCGGCAUGGCAAGCAGCAACCCAGUCGGCACGCCCGCUAGCACGGGCGCCAACGGGUCCCAGGCAGUUGGGAUAACGGUGCAGCAAGGCGCGGCCGCGGCGCCCGGCGCCCCACCCACUGGCCCUGCACCCCGGACCCAGGCGGCGGGUGACUGCGGCUGCUCCCAUGCACACCCGGAGGGCAAGGAGUGGCAGUACGUCCAGCGGUGUGCGACGGGGCAGCUGGAGGGCGGCGCCAAGCUGAGCCGCUUCGCUCCGGGGCAGUUUGACACGGUGGUGGACACGUUCGGGCUGUGCAGCCACGAGGACCCGGUGCAGGUGCUCAAGGAGAUGGCGCGAGUGUGCAAACCCGGUGGCCGCAUCCUGCUACUGCAGCAUGGCCGCUCCCACUACCAGUGGCUGAACGACAAGCUGGACGGCUCUGCCGUGGACCACCAGCGCAAGUGGGGCUGCCUGUGGAACCGAGACAUCCUGGACAUCGUGCAGCAGGCGGGGCUGGUGGUGGACAAGAGCACGCGGUGGCACUUCGGCACGUCCUACUACAUUGUUGCCUACCCGCCAGUGCAGCGGUAGCGGGUUGGAUUGUGCUCUAGGUCAUCUUGUCGCAAUGAUUUACAUAAGUAUGGCGGUGCGGGGGUCACGGUGAUGGCACAACUAAGUUUCAUAUUCUAGGAGGCUGAUGGAGUGCCAAGUCACGCUGGUAGCCUGAUAGCUUUUAGUGCUGGGGAUUUUGUUGGCGCGACGUGACGGGGCAACUGAAGCAAGUAGCUGACAUAGCUGAGUCCCGAGAAACAGUUGGCCGGGCGGGGGCCACGUUAACCUGCUGGCGCUGUCACGUACUCGCAUGACGGCGAGCAUAACAUUCCCGCUGCUGCUGACGCAACACGUAUUCCAGCUGCCACUGCUCCCGUCUGGCUGGCAUAGCCUGCCCCGGCGUGCCUGUUGCUUGAAGCGGCUGUUCUGCUUUUGUGCCCAUGGGCGGAGGCGCAUGUAGCGGCCUGCGCCACACCUGCCGGUGCAGGGCAGCCGCAGCCUGCGCCACACAGCUCAG